AUGCCACCAAUGCCCCCGUAUCCGUUACCACCGGUGACUGCUCCACCCGGAGCCUUCCCACCGCCUCCGAUGCCGCCAGGACCAGCGCCUGCACUUCCAAUCACAUCGGAGCACAAGACAGCGAAUGAUGCUUGUAUCAAGCGGCUGCAGGAUUUGAAUGUUCUGCCUGCUCCCAAGCUCUACCCGCUGCCAAAAGACCCGGGAACGGCCGGAUAUCCGUUGGACAUCUUGACUAAUGUUUUCGGAAUUGAGGUUCACAAAUCAGUGGAACUCUUCCAAUAUAACAUUAGUAUCAAGGCGGAUCUAACACCAACAAAAGAAGUCGUGUUCACCAAGAAGGCGAAGGAAGAUUUUGUCGUCACUGACAGGCAUGAGAAGUGUUGCGCUGUGCUCUUCCACGCCAUCGAGCGCAACCAAGACUUCUUUCAUGCACCGGACAACUCGCUUAUCUAUGAUGGACAAAACAUGCUUUACUCCACGUUCAAUCUAUUCGGAGAUCUCCCUAUGGGAUCAACAAAGACAAAGGUCAUCCAAGUGAAUGGAGCCGAGAUGGGUCACCAAGAUCUUGAUCGAUUGCCGCUCAUCAAGUUGGAAGUCUACACAACAAAAAAUCCGUCCGUCAGAUUCUCGCAAGAUGAUCUUGGAAGACGAACAUCAGACACCAACAUUGAGUCGAUCAAUCGUGCAUACCACAACAUCUUGGAGCUUGCUCUCAACCAAUUCUGCAUCCGUGAUUUCUCUCGUUGUGUCGUUUUCGAACACGGAAAAGUCUUCUUUCUCAAACCACUCGAAGAAGGAUACGAAAGAAGGGAUUGCAUCGAAGUCGGUGACGGGAAAAUGAUGUAUCCUGGAAUCAAAAAGACCGUGCAGUUCAUCGAGGGCCCUUAUGGAAGAGGAUCAAACAAUCCAUCGAUUGUCAUUGAUUCCAUGAAAGUCGCAUUCCAUAAGGACCAGACCGUCAUGGAAAAGAUCAAUGAUAUCAACUUGAAGCCCUGCGGAGAUGGUCUGAGUGACUUCGAACGAGACAAGUGCCAGGCAGUGAUCAAAGGUCUUGAUUGCUACACCACCUACACCGGCCGAGUUCGACAUCUUAAAAUCGAAGGAAUUCAUCAUGACAAUGCCUUGAAGGCUCGCUUCCAGCUAAAAACAGGAGGAACCUCUACAGUUCACGAAUACUUCCAACAACGUUGGCAGAUAAGGCUUCAGCAUCCACAGGCCAAUCUCAUCUCGUGUAUUGAAAGAGGAAAACAGAAUUUCUACCCGAUGGAAGUGAUUCGAAUCUCUCCGAAGCAAAGAGUCAAGAUUACUCAACAGACGGGUAAACAAAGUCAAAUAACGACGAAGGCUGGUGCAGUUCCCCCUGCGGAUCGCCAGAGACUUAUUAUGACUGGAAAAAACGCCGCCAAAAUCAAUCAAGAGAACAAAAUUUUGAGCGAUUUGGGACUUCAAGUCUAUGAUGAUCCUCUAUUGGUACCAGCGAGACAACUGCCACGUGUGAGAAUCGCCGAGCACAAAACCGGUCCUGAAUUCCCAGAACGAGGCAACAAAUGGCGAUUUAAUCAUUUCGCGCGACCAGCGACUCCACCAGAGAAAUGGGCCAUCUACGCAGUUGGACUACAGAACAGUAAAUUUGAUAAAGGCAAUUUGGCGGCCAUCACCGAUCGAUUCCUCCACGCGUGCAAGUUCAAAGGACUCAAUAUGCCAGAACAAAUUGAUCAGGAUCUCGUCAAUGGAAAUAAUAUCGAGGAGAGGCUCGCGAUGGCUGCAAAAGGAGGAUGCAAGUACGUGUUGGUCAUCACUGACGACUCUAUCGUCAACCUCCAUCAAAAGUACAAGGUUAUCGAAAGUCUGCGGGGUAUGAUCGUCCAGGACUUGAGAAUGUCUGUUGCUUUGGAUAUCUGUUCUAACUCCAGGAACGAAACGAUCGAGAACAUCGUCCAAAAGACCAAUGUGAAGCUUGGAGGAAGCAAUUACAUCUUCUCGGACAUGAAAAACUUGCUCAAUGGAGUUCUGUGCAUUGGUAUCGGAAUCUCCAAUCCACCACCCAACACCAAGUUUGCUUACGAAGGAAGAGGACUUCUCAAUCCGAUGGUUCUUGGAUUCGCGUACAAUGGAAUGGCGGAACAAGAGUUCUACGGAGAUUUUGUUUUGAGUCCAGCUGGACAAGAUACUAUCGCGCCGAUCGAGGACAUCAUCAACCAAUGCAUCCUUGGCUACAAAAAAUGGCACGAUGGAAAUCCUCCAAAAGCGAUCAUCGUGUACAGAAGUGGAGUUAGUGAGGGAAAUCAUGGAAAUAUCAUUUCCUAUGAAAUCCCACUGGCUCGCACUGCCAUCUCCAAGUCGACCAAAUUGAUCUACAUCGCUGUCUCCAAGGAUCACACCUUCCGAUUCUUCAAGAACGAAGAUGUCACGAGCAGUGCAAGCGCUUCAAAAAGUCAAAGUCAAACAAGUGUCGGAAGCAGAUCUUCAACUUCUUCUCGAGGACCGAAAGUCUCGGAGCAAAACAUCGCUCCAGGACUCGUCGUUGACAGUGUUGUCACCAAUCCAGCUUGCAAGCAGUUCUUCUUGAACUCACAUAUCACACUGCAAGGAUCAGCGAAGACUCCGCUCUACACGGUUCUCGCCGAUGACAGCUACGCGUCAAUGGACAGAUUGGAGGAGCUCACCUACAGUCUCUGCCAUCUUCAUCAAAUUGUUGGACUGCCAACUUCUCUCCCAACACCACUGUACGUCGCCAAUGAGUACGCAAAGAGAGGACGAAACUUGUGGAAUGAGGCCAACGUCAAGGAUCCAGCGAUUCGUGACGCCGAUUCGGAGCGCACUCGUCUUCAACAACUCACCGACUCCAUCAACUACAAAUCCGCUGGAGACCUCGUUGACCGUCGUGUCAACGCAUAA